GAAUAAAAAUAUAGAAGUUGGUACCCUAUCAUAAUUGUAAUCUUAAUUAUUUUCUCGGGAGGAUAAAUGUGACAGGGACAUGGUCGAUGAAUCGAUGUCGAUAAAAAAAUUUUAUAAGAAAAAGAUGCUUUAGAGGGAUGUAGGGUAAAUGCUAGCUGUCGUAUUGGGUAACCAUGCAUGUCAUCAAUAAUUCUUUUGAUACGAAAAUCAUACACAACACGACACCGCAUAUAACGCCAAGUAAAUCAGUGGACGCCAAUAUAUUUAAGAACCUAUAGCUUGGCUCCAUUUUUUUUCUUUUCAUUCAGUCAAAACCACGUACUAACUAGUUUGAUUGAGCAAGUACGCUUAACAUAUGGAAAUGGAGAGUGACAGUAGUAAGAAGCAUUUCGUGUUGGUUCAUGCAGCCUGCCACGGUGCAUGGGUUUGGUACAAGCUGAAACCGCUGCUUGAAGCCGCCGGCGGGCACAAGGUGAGCGCCAUCGAUCUGGCGGCCAGCGGUGCCGACCCGCGUCCGUUCGAAGAAGUCGGGUCGGUGGAAGAGUACUCGGAGCCCUUGCUCAAGCUGCUGGAAUCUCUUCCCGAAGGAGAGAAGGUGAUUCUGGUCGGGGAGAGCUACGGCGGGAUUAAUGUCACCAUCGCCGCCGACAAGUUCCCUCAAAAAAUUGCGGCCGCCGUCUAUGUCAAUGCUCUCAUGCCUGACACCCAACACAAGCCUUCUUAUGUCGUGGAUACGUUUGUGGAGAAUUUCUUUUCUGACUGGAAAGACUCUGAGUUCUCUUCAUACAAAAGCGGGAAUGAGACGGUAGCAUCUGUCAAGCUUGGGCACGAGCUUCUGAAGCAGAACAUCUACCAGAACUCCCCUCUUGAGGAUUAUGAACUGGCGAGGAUGUUGACAAGGAAAGGGUCAUUGUUCCAAGAUGAUUUAGCCAAAAAGAAGAACUUCACAGAGGAAGGAUAUGGUUCGGUGAAGAGAGUCUACAUUUAUGGUGAUGAAGACUUGAUCCUCACCAAGGAGUUUCAGCUGUGGCAGAUCGAAAACUUUAAGCCAGACAAGGUCUAUGCCAUUGCUGGAGGAGACCAUAAGCUCAUGUUCUGCAAAACAAAAGAGUUGCUCGAUUGUCUCCUCCAAAUUGCAACAGCUUAUUAAUAAGUCGGACUACUCUUGUUCGACUGAGUAUCCCUAUGAAUAAAUCUGUGUGUAAUAUGUAUGCGUUUCCAAGCUAGUGGCUAGAUAGGCUGCUAGUGAAAUAAAGGUCGAGGAAGAAG